UCCCCAAACCCAUAAAAUCAUUUGGACCCAAGCGCCAGCAGAGGGCUCUAAACAAUUCAAAUCAAUUCAAUUCAAUUAUAUUUGUAUAGCCCUGGAUCACUACAACGUUGUCUCAACGGGCUUUGCAGAGGCAAUAUGAUACACAAUCAGAAACAGCAAAUGAAGCAACAAAGAUGAAUAAAUAAAUUCAAGUCCUGGCUAUCCCCCAUCCUUAGACGAACAAACAACAAAAAACAAGUAACAAGCGGACAUUACACUGCUGUCAUUUUAAUCUGAGCGGGGCAUGUGCGUUAAUUGCGUCAAAUAUUUUAACGUGAUUAAUUUAAAAAAUUAAUUACCGCCCGUUAACGCACUAAUUUUGACAGCCCUAAAUUAUACAUGACGAAUAGUUGGGGGGGUUGCUGGCUCCGGUGGCCCUAGCCCUUGCUCGUUGGGGCAAGGGCAGCAGGUUGGAGGGCCCCGCUACUGGUUGGGGGCCUAAGGCGAUCGCCUACCUCGCCUGAAUAGUAGAUCCGCCUAUGGACCGUCACCCCCGGACUGGACCCAAUUUUUUUUUUUUUUUAAAUGUUAAAGAUUGUUUCAUGAGAGACAUUAUCUAACUACAAACAUUAAUACUAACCAUAACGUGAGCACAUGAGUAUCAUUUUGUCAACUUCCAGGACCGCUUUACACGGUGACGCACCGGGGGACGGAAAACCCAGACUCCUCCAAAUGAACAGACUAAACACCCAACCCACCCCACAGUUGAAAGAGGAGGCCCAAAACUUUUUCCCCCCUUACGUGCCGUACGCAUACACACGUCCACAGCAUGAGUCUCUCGUGGAAGCCUGUGACACUUUGUCUGAGCUUGUUGCUGUUAUUUGAUAGCUAUCGCCGGAUCGGGAGCUUCGAGCUGACGCUAUUGCACACCAACGACAACCACGCGCGCAUCGAAGAAACCAGCGCAGACUCUGGAAAGUGUCCGGCCGGGGGUCGUUGCUUCGCAGGGGUGGCCCGACGAUUCACCAAAGUGUCGCAGAUCCGCAGGGAGGAGAAAAAUGUCUUGCUCCUGGAUGCCGGCGACCAGUUCCAAGGCACAGUGUGGUUUAACUACUACAAAGGCGCAGAAGCGGCUUAUUUUAUGAACAAACUCGGCUAUAACGCGAUGGCUUUCGGGAACCACGAGUUCGACAAUGGAGUGGAAGGGCUUAUCUCGCCUUUCCUGCAGAAUGUUAAUUGCUCUGUGGUGAGUUCUAACAUCAAACCGGACACGACUCUGGCAGCCAAUUUUAGUCGGUAUUACCGGCCUCACGCUUUACUCGAAGUGGGAUUGGAGAAAGUCGCCGUGGUCGGGUAUACCACCGCCGAGACUCCCGUCUUGUCUAUGCCAGGUCCACACCUCAAAUUUGAGGAUGAGGUAGCAUCCCUGCAGGUCGAGGUAGACAAGCUGCAGACACUAGGUUAUAACAAGAUCAUCGCUCUGGGACACUCCGGCUUUAACGUGGACCAAAUCAUUGCUAAGCGAGUGAGAGGGGUGGACGUGGUUAUUGGAGGACACACCAACACAUUCCUAUACACUGGAACUGCUCCAUCUACUGAAGUACCGGCAGGUUCUUACCCGUUCAUGGUGAAGUCAGAUGAUGGCAGAAAUGUGCCAGUGGUCCAGGCGUAUGCUUUUGGAAAAUACUUGGGCUACCUGAAGGUUAUCUUUGACCAGGCUGGAAAUGUUAUCAAAGCGACUGGAAACCCCAUCUUGUUGGACAGUAGCAUACCUCAAGAUCCCAAUAUCCUUGCUGAUGUUGAAAAGUGGAAAGAGCAGCUUGCUCAGUACUCGAAGCAGUACGUCGGCCAGACAUUAGUUUACCUCAACGGAUCUUUUGAGGAGUGUCGUUUUCGAGAAUGCAACCUCGGAAACUUGAUUUGCGACGCCAUGGUUAACCACAAUUUAAAAGAGUCUAAUGAGCUGCAGUGGAAUCAUGUGGGCGUAUGCAUUUUGAACAGUGGAGCCAUUCGCACAGCAAUUGAUGAGCGAUACAAAAAUGGCACCAUAACAAUGGAGGAGAUCCUCACUGUCAUGCCAUUUCAACAAACUGUGGACUUGAUUCAGAUAAAGGGAUCAACUUUGAAAAAGGCUUUUGAACACUCCGUCCACAGAUAUGGAGGCAUGCAUGGAGAAUUCCUGCAAGUGUCAGGCAUCCAUGUAGAGUACGACCUCUCGAAGCCCGUAAACCAGCGAGUCGCUUCCUUAUCUGUGCUCUGCACUCAGUGUAGAGUGCCAAAGUACGAACCUCUGGACCCGGAGAAAACGUACACUGUUGUCAUGCCUUCCUACCUGGUGGGCGGAGGUGACGGGUACGGCAUGUUGAGGGAGGAGAAGCUGAAGCAUAAUACAGGUGAUAUGGACAUUGCGGUUUUGUCCAAAUACAUCUCUGACAUGAAGCGUGUGUACCCGGCGGUGGAAGGUCGGAUCAAGUUCAGGAGCAACGUUGCAGCAUUUUCAGCCCAUAGCCUCCCCCUGCUGUUGUUGAGUUUAUGCUUAACACUGACACGCUCACUGUGAAACUAGAUGCACAAAUGCUCUAUUCUCAGGGGAGAUUCAAUAGCAACCAGCAAAAUAAAUGAAAAUAUUAAUGGUUACACUUUAUUUGAACUCCUAAUGAUGACAUGACACCUGUCAUGAAUAUGAAUGAGUGCUGCGUAUGACAGAUGUCAUUGAGUGUCAUUUAAUGAAUGAUGUCACUUUUGAUGCAAUAUUGCAUUUGGGUUGGCAUUAGUGUUAAAGUUAGGACACUUAAUGACAUGUCAUAUCAUAAUUAUGUCUUAUGACAGUUUAUGACACACAGUUUGAUGCAGUCCAUUUUAGUGAAGGUGAACACACCUCCUUUUUUGUGGCGUAAAAGUAAUUUGAUGGGCCUGUUUCUCAUCUGCACAUAUCAAAAUUGUCAUGGUUUGAGUUAAGUUUGUGUCUGGUCAUUUUGAUUACCCAUUGAUUUCACCUGUUGUGGCCUACUCCUUGUAUCUUGACCAAUCCGCUGCCAUGGUGUUGUUACCCCAUGUCUGUAUUUAAGUUCCCCAUGUGGUGUCUGUUUUCAUUGCGUCAUUGUCUAUCCCACUCUCGAGGCCCCUCUCCCCAAAGUAAGUUCGAUACCCGGUAUUUUGUUCUCCGAGUUUGGUUGUACUUUUUGUUAACUGUGAUUAAAACUGAGUUUAUCACCAACAGUGUUGUUA